AUGACCAUGACUACCAUGCCAGAGAGUCUAAAUAGCCCCGUCUCAGGGAAGGCUGUCUUUAUGGAGUUUGGGCCGCCCAGCCAGCAAAUGUCUCCUUCUCCCAUGUCCCACGGACACUAUUCCAUGCACUGUUUACACUCCGCGGGCCACUCUCAGCCUGACAGCUCGUACAGCACAGCUUCGUCCUUCUCCCGACCGCUGGGCUACCCCUAUGUGAACUCGGUCAGCAGCCACUCGACCAACCCCUACAUCAGUUCAGUGCAGUCCUACCCCAACAGCUCCAGCCUGACUCAGACCCGGUUAGAGGAGACAGGGGCAGAAUCGGAGAAAAGCACUGUGGUAGAAGGAGGGGAAGUUCGCUUUAAUGGGAAAGGGAAAAAAAUCCGCAAACCCAGGACUAUUUAUUCCAGUUUGCAGCUGCAGGCUUUGAACAGGAGGUUCCAGCAAACUCAGUACCUGGCUCUCCCCGAAAGAGCCGAGCUCGCAGCAUCUCUGGGACUCACUCAGACCCAGGUGAAGAUUUGGUUUCAGAACAAGCGCUCCAAAUUCAAGAAGCUGAUGAAGCAAGGAGGGGCCGCCCUGGAGAGCAGCGCCUUGACCAACGGCAGGGCUCUCUCGGGCAGCUCGCCACCGGUGCCCCCGGUGUGGAAUACCACCUCCGCCUCCGGUAAGGCCUCGUCGGGGACCCCGGGCACCUACAUCCCCAGCUACACGUCGUGGUAUCCUUCGGCCCACCAAGAAGCUAUGCAGCAGCCGCAGCUGAUGUGA